UAAUUACAACGGAAAGUUUUUAUAUUCCUUAGAGAUUCCAGUCUAUAUUAUUUAUUUAGACUUUUUGAGUUCCAGAUUCUAGAUUCUAUACUAGAUUCUAGAAUCUAGAUCUAGAAUCUAUAACCAUUCUCAAGCCUAAUUGACUAAUUGCGCUCAAGAGUUAUCUUGAGUCAACUGAUUGUCAAAGAUAUGGUGGAAGCUGAUAUCAGCCAGAAUGAUCUUGGUCCAGAUACCCGGGCAGUGCUGGAUACCAUUGUUGAAGAGUUGAUAGACGAGGUGGCCCUAGGCCUGUGUUUUGAGAUACAUCGCUCCUGUAAAGUUGGGAACAUGUUCCUGAAUGGCAUAGAUGAUACAUCCGAUACAGAAUAUGCCAUUGUGGACAGACCAGGGGUGGAUGUGUUGGGUCAAGUCCAAUCAAAGAAGAACUAUGAGUGUGUGUGCCCCAACUGCCAGCGCCACCUAGCAGCUGCAAGGUUUGCCCCCCACCUGGAGAAAUGCAUGGGCAUGGGACGGAAUUCGUCUCGGAUUGCAAGUCGAAGAAUAGCCAACAACCAGAAACAAGGCAGUGAUGAAAGUGGCCAGGAAGAUGAACACGACAAUGACUGGAACUAUGCCCCGGAAUCAAAGCGAAUUAGGAAACUAAAAAAAGAGAAGUCAUCCAACUCUCCACGCAAUAGAAAACUGUCAAAGCUCAGAAAUGGAGGUUCCUCCAAUGAUCUUGUUGCCGCCGAGUCCUCAGAGAGCCUGGAACCUGCCCCUGUCUAUGAGUCAAUGAGAAUAGAGGAAAGGAAAGCAUUACUUCUUUCUAGUUGUGGUGUCAUCUCAGAACACACCAAGCGCAUGUGUACAAGGACAGGAAAAUGUGUGCAACACACAGAUGAACAGAGGCGACAAGUUCGACAACUUUUGCUUAGACAGAGCCGAGCCCAUGACCUUGAAGACAUCCACAUAGAUAUAGACACGUAUGAUGAUGCAGAAUCCCAAUCAUUACGUGAAUCUCUUCAGUGGGAAGCCUCGUCCAACUCAUCUCCAGCGGACUCCACGUCCACUAAUAACA